GGGACGCUCGUAGAAAGCCUGACACGCUAGCUCCAGCAGAGUAGCUGCUAGGCAAUUACAGAGGCGACGUACCGAGAGAGGGUGGCCACCGAAACUAAUCAAAACAGGCCGUCCGGCACCUGAACCAUCAAUCGAUUUUUAUAAGUGAAGCCGAUCAAUCAGCCGGCGGGUUAACCUUCGGUGAAACGCGGAAGAAUCAUUCAACGUCAGCGGUGUUUGUGACUUAUUAUCGGUGACAACAUGGCUGAAUGUAACGUUAGCAUCGACAAGAAUAAACUACCUGGAGUGAAAGAGGUGUGCAGAGACUUUGCUGUGCUGGAGGACCACUGCCUGGCCUACAACCUCCAGGAGCAAGAAAUUGAAAGCCACUUGGCGUCCAACGUCAACAAGAGCCGUCUGGUGCAGAAGGACCUGCUGGUGGCCAAGAAGCUGCAGGAGGAAGAGGAUCAGAGGGCCAAGGGCGAGACCAAGAAACAGCAUGUUGACACUGAACGUCAAGACAUUGAGAUCGCCCAGGAGAUUCAGGAUCAACUGGUCCGACAGGCAGAGCAACAGCGGCUGCAGGAAGAGAAGGAUGCGGCCAUAGCUCGUAAACUGCAGGAGAAGGAGAUGAAAGAGGAAAGGAAGAGACAGAAGCAGCUGGAAGCUAACUUUGAGGAGGAAUACUUUGAGGAUCACGGAGCCGCAAGAAGGCCCCUAGACUUGGACAAACGCACCCCUCACAAAUCAUCCUCCCCAGGCCGACAUGAUGCGUACGCUCCACUGAGCCCACGUCAUGAUUACUCCCCAGAUUAUAGCUCAAUAGAGCCCAAAAGGAGCAGGUACCCAAAGCAGGACCUAGCUGCACCCAACAGCCGCUCCACAUAUCCUGAGCACUACCUAGCUGCAGAAGGAGGGCGAAGCAGGCAUGCAGACCCGUACCCAGAACACCUGUUGCCCGCUAGAGGCAAGCAUGGAGACAGAUACCUAGAUAGUGAGCCCACAGAGUAUGGCAAAGCAAGGGGCGCUGGGUGGGAGGACACAGACAGAGCGGUGAGGAGGAAGGACAGACCGGCCAGACCACCUCCACCACAGAGCCCCAUAGAGAGAGACAAGGCCUGGGAUAGAAAACAUGACCGAGACAGGGGCAGAGACCUGGAGAAGGAGAGGCAUAUGGAAAAGGAGCAGAGGAGACAUGUGGAGCACGACCCACGGGGGGCGAGAACAAGAGAAAGAGACGGGGAAAGAUCCAGAGAUGGAGGACUGAGUGGGGACAGACAGAGAGAGAAAGACAGGCAGAAACAGAAAGACAAAGACAGACAGCGAGCGAGAACCAGGAGCAGGGAGCGAGGACUUGAGGAGGAGCCGGGGCACAGCAGGGACCGGCCGAGGGAGGGCAGGGCUUCUUGGGAGGAGCAAGGGGGUGAUGGUGAGAGGGAAGGGAGGGACCGGGGCCGGCAACGGGUCCACUCCGGCCCAGAAGAUGUGUUUGACGAGCUGGAGGAGCAGGGCGGGGGUCAUUCUCACCCCAACGGAGAGACAGGUCGUAUUGUGCACCGAGUGAGUGGAGCAGUAAUAUCAGAAACUGCGUAUGGAGUCAGCGAGGCCACCAAGGGUUUGACAAAGCUUGAUAUCCGUGAGCAGGAGCUGAAGGACAUGGAGGUGGCCAGGAAACUGCAAGAGGAGGAAAUCAAGGCCAGCAAGAUGCAUGUGCGUACAGCGCAAGUGGCUCAGGAUGAGGAAAUCGCCCGACUGUUGAUGGAACAAGAGAAGAAGGAGUACAGGAAGAAUCGAGAGCGGGACAACGAGAGAGAGCGGGAGAAAGAGAAGGAGAGGCUGGCCUUGGAGAAGAUGCCAAUGGAGAGGAGGCGGCCAGAGGGAGACUACCGGCCAAACUCGGAGGAAGUGGUCCGGCCCAGAACACGAGACGAGUAUGAACACCAGAGGCAGAGGAACCACAACAAGCCUGCCAGACCUCCUCAGCCGCGAGAACACGACUAUGAGAAUGUGAACUCUGGCUACGGUUACUCGGACCACCCCCCCCCUCGCGCCCCCACCCGACCUGAUGCUGCUUGCAAAGGUGCCUAUUACAGGCGGUGACUCAGGCUCUCUACCGACAUGCUGUCAGUCCUCCUUCAUCCUCUUAUUUUUUUUUAUUUAUCUCUUUGUUUUCAACCAUUCGCAC